CAGGAAGCUAAUUAGCCGAUGGGCCCGUCAAUCAUCGAGAGAGCCCGCCUCCAACGGUAGCAAGUUUCUGCUGUAUCACCCGCGAACUGGACUCCCUGGACAAUUACAUAUCAUAAUUACCUGACUAUAGAACCCGUUUCCCCACGAUGGCUACCCCCUCAUCUGUUGGAGAUAAACAGUUGCAGAGGAUAAUCAGAGAUCUGCAUGACGCUGUGUUAGAGUUGAGUAAAGAGCACAAGGAGUGUGGUGAACCCAUAACUGAUGACAGCGCCAACCUGCACAAGUUUUUCUAUAAACUAGAGUACCUGCUGCAGUUCGACCAGAAAGAGAAGACGACCUUUCUUGGCCAGAGGAAAGACUACUGGGAUUACUUCUGCGACUGCCUGAUUAAGAUCAAGGGAGCUAACGAUGGCAUCCGUUUUGUUAAAUCCAUUCCUGAGUUGAAGACGUCACUGGGGAAAGGAAGGGCGUUCAUCCGCUACUCACUUGUUCACCAACGGCUGGCAGACACACUGCAGCAGUGUCUUAUCAAUCAGAAGGUCACAAGUGACUGGUAUUAUGCCCGGAGUCCAUUCCUCAAGUAUCACCUCACUGCUGAUAUAAUCAACCAUCUUUAUGAGCUCAACCAGAUCCAAUUUGAUGUGGCGGCGAGGGGUUACGACCUCGAUGCAGAUUGGCCAAAAUUUGCAAGGCGAACAUUAGGACCUGGCUCAUCAGCUUACCUGUGGAAACCUCCUAGUCGCUGCUCCAGUAUCAACAGCUUGGUUAGCAGCUAUUCACAUUCACAGGCACAAGAGUGUCUCCCCGUUCCAGACUUGAGUCACAGUCUCCUUGGUGAACUGGGAGAACUGGGGGAACCUUCUUCCAGCAGCAAUCUAGAUAAUCUCCGCAUUGAGCUUGACCAGUCAGAGCUCAGACAGCAGCAGCUUUUAUUACGGGUCCAGAAGUUAGGCAAAGAGGCUUCUGAACUGAAAGGUGUUGUCAAAGACCUUCAAGGCCAGUUAUUGGCUCAAAAGUCUAGCAAUCCAGCAUCUACAGCAUCACAAAGUAACCAAGAAACAGGUAAUGAGGAGAGAAUAAAUCACCAUCAAACCUGUAGGGAAUCAAUAAGCAGUGAACUGCAAGACAGGCUCACAGCUGCUGAGGACAAAAAUAUGGAGCUUCUUUCUAAGUUAGAUGAGGCUCUUAAAGAAAAGGGACAACAAACUGCAAGCUACUGUGACUCAGCCUGGAAAAUUCAGGAACUCCUGGAUAAACUUAAGACUGCGGAGGAGGAUAGACUGGUGGCAAAGAGAGAGGCUGAGGACAGAGCCAGGCACGCUGAACGCCUGUCACAGGAACUAAAACUCAGGGAAGAAGAGCUAAGGAACAGUGAGGAGAAGUUAGCCGAAGUCAAAGCUGGAGCCCAUGAUGAGCGAGAGGAGGCAAUCACACGGUUGGAGGAGCUCCAAAGUGCAGUCGGUCGAAUUCAGGGGGCGCUGACUUUAAAAGAGAAGGAGACGGGGAACUUGAGAGCUCAGCUUCAGGAUCUGCAAGCCUCACUGGAGUGCAGGGAACGACAGGCAGAGGAACUGAGGAAAAGACUGCAGGAAGAAAGAGAGGAGGUAGAGCAGAGAUGUAGUAUGAGUAGUAGCCACAGUGAGGAACUCGACAGCCUGAUCUUAGAUUUAAGAAAAACUCUAAAAAACAGAGAUAAAGAACUAGCUGUUAGCUCAGAAAGAAUCAAGCACUUAGAGGAGCAGUUAGAGAAGCUAAAUGUUGAGAAAGAAACCCUGAGCUUUCAACCUAAUGAUGAUCAAGUCCCUUCCUGCAAUGAAACAGCAAACAUUGAGGACUACAAAGCCCAGUGCAGCAAUCUCAAGGAAAUAAACACUAAGCUAUUACAAACGGCUAGAAGGAGUGAGGCGAGCAUUACAGAGCUGACUGAGAGCAGGGCCAAUUUGUUAGACCAGCUAGCUUCUUUGAGGGCCUCUGAGGAACACUUAAAAGGUAGAGUAGAGGCUACAAAGAUAAGUGUGGAAGACCGAGAAAAGAAACUUUUAGAUGAAAACCUGCAUUUGGAGGAGAGUGUCCAAAAGAUGAUUGUCCAGAAGGAAGAAUCAGAUGCAAAGUUAAAGAAAUUAGAGCAUGAGAAUAAGGAGCUUUUAGAUGUUCAGUCCUCAUUGAAAAAACAGUUAGCCACAACACAGCAGGAACUGGACCUACUCACUGCCAAAGCUGAGAAGUUGGACAAGAACCUCACAGUGUCCCAAAGAAGCCAAGCAGAGUUACUUGAAAAGAUCCAGGAAACUGAAACUAAGCUUAGAGACCAGACUGUAAAAUGUGGCAUUCUGCAGUCUCGAGCAGAAGAGCUGGAGCGCAGGGCUGGAGAGCAGCACGAUGAAAAAGGAGCUGCAGAGAGCAACGAAAAAAUGCAGAAGCUUCAUGAUGAACAUCAGAGUUCUUCAGUAGAAACCAAAGAGGCCCCAUUCAGGCUGGUUAUAGCUGAGGCUCAACUGGAACUCAACUUAAGGGAAGUAACCAGGCUCCAGGAAGAGGUGGUGGAGCUCAGGGCUCAGCUCCUGGCUGGUACUGAGGAGAGGAUGAAAGUUCAAGCAUUGCAGGAGGUGACGGAGGCCUCCAGAGAGGACCUCCGUGUUUUAGCAGAACAACUGAAAGCCCAGGUAGAGGAGCUGAACCGCCGGCAUGUGGAUGAGAUUCUUCGAUCUCGAGAGCGUGAGGAGGCUCUCAUCCGUGAGCGUGAUGGAGAGGCACAGGCUCGAGCAGGCCUGGCUGCAGAGGUGACAGCCUCCAGAGAGGAGCUUGAUAAACUGAAAAUACGUUACGAAGCCCUGUGUCUGGAGAACAGUGAGUCAAGGGAGGCCCUUCACAGAGCUAACACAGAGACUGCAGAACUUGGCGUGCAUGUUUGCAUGCUGACUGCUGAGAAUGAGGAGGCUCGUCUGCGCUGGGAGAGCCUGUCAACAAGGCUGCAGGAGCUGGAGGAGGAGGCCACUCAGGAGGCAGAGAGGCUGAAUACCUGCAUGGAGCAGCUACGUCAGGAAAACCAGGAACUCCACACUCAGCUCCAUAAUGAUGAGAGUCUGUUGGAGUCCAAGCAGAAACUGCAGACAGAGCUGAGCAAGGUCCAACAGGAGGCUGAAGCUGUGCAGGAGGCUAGCCAGGAGGAGGUGCAGGCACUCCGGUUCCAGCUCGCCAGCCAAGCCAUGUGCCAUGAAAACCAACUCCAGACUGUCAAUCAGGAGUUACAGGAAGUGAAACUGCACCUGGUGACUGAGCAGGAGAAAGUAGUAGGCCUGGAGAGCAAACUCAAACAGCAAGAGGCUGGAAAUCAGAGACAUUGCCAACAGAUUGAGGAGAAAAACAUCCAGAUGGCAGAGUCUGAAAAUCUCAUCCAGCAGAAAGAAGACGAGAUAAUCCAUCUGAAAGGGAAUUUAUCAAGGUCUGAGGAGGCCCUAGCUGUGGCUCAGCAGGCCUGUCAGGAGAUGGCUGAAAAUCUACGGAGAGUCACACAAGACAAACAGAGCUUUGAUCUUAAGACAGCUGCUGAACUUGAUGAUCUUUACCGUACCAAGAUCAAUUUGGAGGAAAGGCUUGUGGAACUCAUCAGGGAGAAAGAUGCACUUUGGCAGAAGUCAGAUGCUCUGGAGUUUGAGCAGAAACUGCGGGAUGAGGAGACAGAGAGGGACAUCAACUACUGCCUUGGCUGUCACACACAGUUCAGCUGGUGGUUCCGCAAGUACAACUGCAGACUGUGUGGGCGUCCCUUCUGCUACUACUGCUGCAGCAACGCAGUGAGCACUCAACAGGGUGGCAACAGAGAGCGCUGCUGUAGGGACUGUUACAACCAGCACAGCGCAGUAGUUGAACGCCACCCACAGGAGGAAGUGACUCACAGCACACCAGGGACACCGUUCAGCCGUUUGCUGCAGGCUGGCCGAGCUGUGGCCGGUGUUUCAGGAGCAGAUGAAGGCGACAAGCUGGACGAUGGUGUUUUUGACAUUAUCACAGAGGAGGAGGUGAGCUGCGUCUACGACAGCGACUCCCUCUCUUUUGCCACCGCCUGCUCUCCUGGGCAUGGACAGCAGGGGGCAGCACAACUGAGCAACAGUGCCAGUGCAGGAGACCUCACAGCAGAGGAAACUGAUGACCUCAGUGCUGCGGUUCAGGAUGCAGAGAUCUGCCUGCUGAAGUCUGGAGAACUCACGCUCUCUGCUCACUUCACGGUGGACGACAUCUCAGGGUUUGGUGACAGCUCCAGAGAGCUCUUCAUCAAGUCCAGCUGUUACAGCACCAUCCCCAUCACCAUGAGCAGUCCUGGUCCCACCGUCUCCUGGACAUUUACCUCUGAACCAAAGAGCAUCUCCUUCAGCGUGGUCUACAGGGAGAGUGCAGAGAUUCCUCUGGAGCAUGCCAAGGUUUUGAUCCCACUGACCCGCUGUAACUCCCACAAGGAGACAAUACAAGGGGAACUGAAAGUCAGAAAUCCUGGAGAAUACACACUUAUCUUUGACAACUCAUUCUCCAGAUUCAUCUCAAAGAAAGUGCUGUAUCAUCUAAGUCUAGACAAGCCUGUGGUCUACGAUGGAACUGACCUCCUCUGAACGUGACAGAAGCAGGACAAACAGGUGUAAAACUGACUUGAAGCUGUGGAUGUUUAAACUCUUGAUUCAAUUCAAGACAAAUAGGUCGGAGUUCUCUUGUGUUGAGCAAACCUCAGUGAAAGUUGUUUUAAAAACAACUAUCUUGGCUUUGUACUCAUUUGUGACUUGUUAAACAGCUGAUGAAUUCUCAUUGUCUAUAAGCUGAACAAAGGCUGAAAACAAUGAAGGAAAACUGUUACACUACUGAAUGUGAGCAUGCACUACCUUUUAUACCAGCUAGUUUAAAUUUAGGGUAUCGAUCGUUGCUAUAAACUAACCAGCCGGUGAUUACCUUUUCGAAUGUGAAGAACCUGUGUGUGCUCACACACGUGGCACACCAGAUGUAGCUUCUGUGGGCUUUUUUGUGGCAUCUUUAAAGAGGUAAAACUGCAUUUUUGAUUUAUUCUGAGGCUGAGCUCUUUGUUUUUGCUUUUUGACCCGUCUCUUAAGGUAAGACUGCUGUUGUUACAAUAGGAGGCUCUCUGCACCAUGACAGAAGUAUUUUGGAUAUAAAGCGGUUGAUACGGUUCAAAUCUUCUGUCACUGUGUAUCGUGACAUCCAUAUUUCUUGUAGUUUAAUAAAUUACCUAAAAAUCAGUUCAGAAAGCGUUCCAGGCAGGAAUGUCUGAUAUUAAGCUAACUAGUGAAUUAACCCUCUGAACUCCAAGCGGUUUCUUUGCUCCUGUCACAUUUUUUCCUCACUGUUCGCUCAUUUUCCACUGUAAUAUAAAGUCAUGCACCUCUAUGGAAACAGGGUUAGAAGUAGCGAGAAGUCAGAAAUGUCUUUUGUGCGAUAUGACACACUUGCACAUCGAUCAUAGUAAAGGAAAGUAUUGAAAGUUGAAUUUCUUAGAUUAAUGGUCAGCAUCUUCUUUGAUGAUUCAUCUUACAAAAAUUGAAAAAACAUGGACUCAACAUGUACACAUUUGUUUCCAAUGUUCCAGUUCUAGAAGGAGUGGUGACACUACUUACUAUAGAUAUUGUAUUACUGACAUUUUUAUUACGUCUGUCAAUUUUGCCAUGUGACUGUUGGUUGCUGCUGAAUCACCAAUAGCUUCACAGUUGCGACAAGAAAUGCGGAAUUUUUUUAUUUAUUUUCAUUUUUCACAAAAUUCUGGUCAGAGCACAUGGUUUAUUAUUGUCAUUUUUUUGAAGUCAGCAGGUUUGGGGGUUCAGACGGUUAAAUAACUUACUUGAUUGCAACAAUGAUAUAAAUAACCAGCAUUGUUCCCAACAGUCUAAUAUACACAAUGUUAAAGAAAAAUCUGCUAUUGUAUAAAAGGUACAGCAACCCUCCAACAGCUGACAAACAAACAGUGGAAGGAAGACAUCUAAGCGUUGGGGGAAGUAAUUUUCACUAAAAUUAUACUUACUUAAUUCUACCAUUAACAAACCAUUCAAUCUAACUUAGUGUUUGAAUGGACUUUUGUGUUUUGCUGUUGUAGAAUGAGCCUUUACUUAUGUCCAAAGCACAUACGUUAUUCUGCUAAGUUCAAGCCCAGUACACUUAUCUUUAUACUUGUUGCCUUUUCAGCUGUUAAAAAUGAGAAGAAAGGGAUUUGUUGCAUUACAAUCACAAUAAAGCAUAAUUGGAAGAAACAGAAAUUGUGCUAAAUCUGCCGUACCAACCCAGACCUCAGCUUUAUUUAUCUCCAGUCAACAGACUUUAAUUCAGUGCAUUGUCUCUGAUGGUUGCAGUUGACGACAGAGAAUAAUAAGGGUACGUGGUUUCUAUGCAUGAAAACACUAAGAAUGUGCACAGGCUUCCCAACUUUAUCCCUGAAGGGUAAAAAGAGGAAGCACAUAUUGAAAUGUAAGUUUCAGUGCUUUAAAUAUUUAGUUUUUAUUUCACUUGAAUCAUCAACCUCUGUGGUUUUUCAUUAAAUUUAGCAAAGCUGUGAUUGGUCUCAUGAAGCUUUUAGAUGAAGAAAUAAUAUUUUUAUUCAUAGAAUAAUUUUCUCAAUUGAAACUGAUGUUUUUUUUUUCUUUUUCAAGCUGUUGCUGUGUAAUGUUCUAAGUAUGAUAUUUGGGAUGUGACCCUAUUGUCACCUGAAGUGUGUACAACCUGCAGUGUGUCAAACAGAAAAAAAAGUAUAAAUAUCAGCCUUCUAAUAAUACAUGUACAAAAAUAAUUUAAAAAUGUAAUAAUUAUAACACUUUUAUACAUUUUUUUCUUUUGUUUUCUUAUAUGGACCUUUUAUUUCAUGGAUUCAACAUUGAAAGUAACCUAAUUUUUCAAUCCGUAAUCCCUUGAGUGUCUUAAAACUGGCCAUUUAAUUAUUCUGACUUGAAAAUCGCUGUUUUGCUAUUUAACAAUUGACACAUUUUCCAAAAUGUCUUCCAUCACUGUAAACCCAUUUUGUACCUGACAGGAAGAACACUAGGAAAAAUGCUAAUGACACUUUUUAUACAUAUCUGAAAAAGAAGAGUGAUGUUUGCCAAAUAUAUUGGGGGAAAUAUAUUUGUCUGGUUUACUUUUCUCCAAUGGGAGUCUCUGUUUAAAGACAUUGCAACAUGACUGCUGUGUAAUGCACUUUUGAAAGGGCUUUUUGUUGCUUGUGUCCUACGAGCCUUUGUGCCAGUUCAUGAAUGGUUUUUCUUUUCUUUUGUAUGUAGUGAGUGUGUGAUUGUAGAUGUUUACUGCUGGAUUUGCCAGAGGGAAGCUUUAACUCUGACCUAAUCUGUACAAUGACAAUGUUUUAUGAAGUACCAUUUACAGACUAAAUAUUUAUAAUAGAAAUGUGUAUGAUUAUAGAUGAAUAAAUAGGAACUGUGUGAUAAA